AUGGCCCAGGUCUACCGCGAAACCCGGUACUCCCGGGAUUCCUCCCCUUCAGGCGACGAGGGCUACAGAAGGACAACUACCCGCCGUUACAAGCAGGCCCCGAGCCACAGCCGCGAGAGAGUCUAUGAGCGCGAGAUUGACGUCAUCGACGAUGACCGCCAGGGUGCCCGUCUAGACGGCCGCUUCUACGGUCGUCCCACCGGCGGCGAGCUUGUCCUUGAUCGCACCAGAGAUGACCGUCUCUAUCCCGACCGCCCACGAUCUACCGCCGGCCAGGGCACCACCUACGUCGAGCGCCGGUACCGAGAGACGGAGGACUGGGAUGGCGACAACAUCCCCGAUCGCGAGCGCACUGUGGUCGAGAAGCGUCUGGUUACCCGCGACGAUGACGACCGCCACUAUCGUCAUGACUCCAGCCGGCACAGGGACAACGACGGAUGGGAACGCCAUUCCUACUACGAUGCAGAGAGGGACGCCGAGGUGCGUGUGGAGAGAAAGGUAGAGCGUCGCGAGGACGGCUCCGAAGUCAUCCUGGAGCGCCGGAUCCGGGAACACGUUGACCAUGACCACGGUGCCGACGUCGAGAUCUACCGCAAGGAAACCGAGUACUACGAGCCUGCACCACAGCCGCAGCCCAUCGUCAUCCGCCAACCUCCCGCUACCGUGGUCGUUCGUGAGCGCCGUGACGACUUUGCUCCCUAUGUCGUCGAGAAGACCGAGGAGGAGUACAUCGUCGAGCACAUCGACGAUGGUCACCACCACAGCCACAGCCGCCAUCGCACUGACGGUCAUCACUCCCACUCGCGCUCUCACCACCGCCACGAAGACGAAGAAUACUACGCCGGUGCCAGCCGUGUGUCCCGCCGCGACGAGCAUCGCAGCCGUAGCCGCUCCUCCUCCGGCAGCCCCCACCGCAAGCGUCACAUCGCCGAGGGCGCCCUCGCUGGUGCCGGUGUAUCCGCCCUGAUUGCCUCGCGGCGCAACAAGGAAGGUGAGGUAGAUAAGCACAAGGGGCGCAAGAUUGUCGCCGGCGCCGCUCUGGGCGCUCUAGGUACCGAAGCUGUCCGCCGCGCCCACAGCGCCUACAAGGACCGUCAUGAGUCCGAUGACGAGCAUGACCGUCGCUCUCGUUCGCGCUCGCGUUCCCACUCCCGCAUCAAGACCGGCUUGGGCAUCGCCGCUGUUGCUUUGGCUGCCGCUGGUGCCGCCAAGUACUACGAGUCCAAGAAGAUCGAGAAGGAAGAAGCCGAGCGCGGUCGUGCUCCCCGUCGCUACAGCGAGAGCGACUACUACUCCCGUUCGCCCAGCCGCAAGCGGUCCAAGUCCCGCGCUGGUUCCGUAGCCAAGGCCGCCCUCGGCACCGCCGCCGCUGUUGGCGUCGUGCAGCACAUCCGCCACAAGCGAAGCAAGUCCCGCCAUGGUUCGCGGUCUAGCAGCUCCAGCAGCGACCGCAGUGGACACCACUCCAAGCUGAAGACCGGAGCCGAGAUCGUGGCCGCGGGGGUAGCCGCCGGAGUGGCCAAGAAGGCGUACGACAAGCACAAGGAGAAGAAAGAGCGGUCGCGCUCGCGCCACGCCGCCGACGACCGAGACCGUGAGUUCUACGAUGACGACGGAUAUGAUCGCGACCGCGAUUACCGCUCGCACAGCAGAAGCAGGAGCAGAAGCCAACAUCGGUCCGCAUUACCCUCUUCCCAAAAUAACCAUGCCUCCCAGAGGACCGUCGCUGAUGAUCCUGAAUCCUUAGGUUUGGUUGAGUACGGAAUGAACCCCGUGCCCGUUGAUUCCCCCAGAGAUGAUGAACAACGACAACAACAGCAGUCGCAUAGUAAGAGCAACAAGAAAAAGACGGCGGCGCUUGCUACGGCUGGAGCUGUUGCUGCUGUAGCAGGCGCAGCGGCAGUAGCGAGACACAAUAAACGCGACAAGGAACCACCGCCAACGCCACAGUUACUAUCUGCCGUUGAAGACUACGAUGAUAACGGGACUGUCACGGGGUAUGAGUUGGCGGCGGAGGAGCAGAGGGAGAAGGAAAGGGAAAGGGAACGCCGCCGGCGGGAGAGGAGAAGACAGAGGGAGCGGGAGAGAGAUGAGGAGAUGGGUGAUACGUUGUUAGUUUCGAGAGCGAGAGAGCAAGAGGAGGAGGAGGUUGGUUAUUACUCUGAUAGCGAGGAUAGCGAAGAGGAAAGGAUGAGAAGACGGAGGGCCAAGAGUAGAGACCCCGAAAGAGUGAGGGAGAGGAGCGAGAGGAGGGCUAGUAGAAGUCCGGAGAAGAAGGAUAAGUCGGCUAGGAGUAAGAGUCGGUUGGGAAGACUGGCUGCUGGUGCUGCGGCGGCGGGCGCAGCGGCUAUUGGGAUUAAGAAGUUGGGUGAUAACAAGGAUAAAAAGGACAACAAGGAGAAAGAGAGGGAAAGGGAGAGAGAAAGAGAGAAGGGAGGGGAUAAGGAGAUAGAGAGGGAAGAGAGGGACAUUGGAUUGGUGGAAAGAAGAAAUAGUAGGGAUAGUGAUAGAGAGAGGAUGGAAAGACAACGGGAGAGGGAACGGGAACGUCGACGCUACGAGGAACAAUCCGCUCCCUCUGAUCCUUUCUACAAGCAGCAGCGACGGCCAGCCUCACCUCCUCACGCGUCAGGCGGAUAUGCCCCGGUACCUCCCACGCCUCCUGCUGUCGCGCCUGCUAUUGCUCCUGUUCCAACAGUGACAACUACACCACCACAGCCAGCACAAGCACCACCACCCCCGCAGCUUCAAUCACAUCGUUCAUCAACCGCCGGGUUUACUCAACUUCCGAACAUGACCUUCACCGAUCCGAAUCAAUUCCAAACACCGUAUCCCAUGGGGCCGGAGGUGAUGCCGAUGCCAAUGCCUGGAUCAGGACCAGCACCUGUUCAACAACAACCGGUUCAGCAACCGCAACAACAGCACCAGCAAUACCAGCCUUACAACCCACAAGACUAUGUUGCUUCCUACCCACCGCCUCCUCCUGGUCCUCCAGGGCCUUCGGGUCCCGGAGUAGAGGUGCCGCCGGUACUAAUCCCAGGCUCGUCAGCUGCGGCUGCGGCUACAGCACCACCACCAGUGGCUACCGGUUCAUUCCAGGGAGCUGUUCCUCCUCCACAAGAAGUUCCCCCAGCACUGAGGGCUCCCCAAGGAGUACCAGCUUCGUUAAUGGUUGGCGCGCCGUCGCAUCUUUCGCAGUCGCAGUCGCAGUCGGUAAUCGGGAACCGUAACCGCCCUGAAGAUGUGAGUAUACGAUCAUCUACAAGUCCCAGAUCUACUAGAGAUGCUAUGAUGGGUAUGGGUGACGAGAGGGAAGAAGAACGCCGCCGUCGCCGCUCAGUGAACAUGUCUAGGUCUAGGCCUAGGCGGUCGAGAGGUGAUAUUGGCGUCGUUGCCGAUAGUGGGAGUGGCAGUGGUGGUGGUACGAGGGAGACGAGAGAGAGAGAGAAGGAUGGUCUAACAAGUCCAAGAAUCGCUCUCCACCCACCCACACCCACCGACUCUUCUGAUUCUGCUUCCGAAACCGAUUCCCCCUCAUCUACCCCCAAAGACAAUGCCCCACCCGCCUCAAAAUCAGUAACCUUCAUCCCCCUCUCGCCCAAAUCCUCUCAAACCCUCCAGCGCCACCACGAAGAACAAAUGGCCAAAGAAGCCGCCAAGCGCAUCUCCGGCGUCGACCCCGACAACGCUUCCGAUAACUCUAACGCUGCCUCCGAGGACUUUGAGGAUAAGCUGGAUAGGGAGUUGAAUGCGUUGGUGCCUGCUAAGUAUCGGUCUGCCGAGUCAUCCUCUUCUUCUCACUGUAACCGGAGCCGGGACCGCUCUCCAUCUAAACGCCACGGGAAUUCGGAUGAGGGUGAGGAUGACAGUGACUCGACGCUGGAAAUCUUACCAGAUAGAUUCGACAGAGACGGCCAACCUCUGAACCCUAGGGAUAGGAAGAUGCACUCCAGAAAGGGCGAGUUCCUGUACCAUGAUAACCACGGUAACGGCCUCAAACAGAUCGCUGGCACGGGACAAUGGGGUAUUAGCGGGACUGAUGCACAAGCUGUGGAAAGGAUCGUGAGGAAGGUGGAGGGGGUACUUGAGGGGAAAGGAAGCUGGACGGGACUGGUUAUGGGGUUAUUGAGUGGACGGUUGAUGGAGGGUGGGGAUGGGGAUAGUGAGCUUGGUGAGGCGGUGAAGCCGAGGAGUAAGAGUAAGAGUAAGAGGAGGAGGGGGAUGGCUAGGUUGGGGGUUUGA